GGUGCCCCCUCCCUGCGCCGCCGUCACCACCCUUCGCCGACCUGUCAUUUCAUUUGUGUUGUGAUUUCCGUCCGGACCGUAGUAUUCCGCUCGCGCGCCCGUUCGAUUUAUUUUUACAUGUUACCCUGAGAAAAACAAUCGGUUACUUUUGCGUGUGCCGACGUUUUACGUUCGUAUUAUGGACGAUAAAACGUCCCUGAAGGAACUAGACCAAUGGAUUGAGCAGCUGAACGAGUGCAAACAGUUGACCGAGAGCCAAGUGAAGUUCCUGUGCGACAAGGUAAAUAUCUCGAUGGUGGUGCCCCGCCGAUACGACGCCGCCGCCGCCGCCGCCGCAGCGCGUAACGGGUUCGCGCGCGCACUCGGUUCGGCCAUAUUGUUUAUGUUUGCCGCCUAAGCACUCGGCUGCCAGGGCUGGCUGGUCGGCCGGUUCUUGUUCGUCUGUCGAUCAUGUCGGAUCGCUGGACGCUCGUUGAGGCUAUCGCGGACGCGCGUACCUCGCCCGAAUUGACCACGUGAGCUGGUUUUGUCCCAUCAAUGGUGCCGGAACCGGCUCGGCGAAAUGCGCAAGGGGCCCAGGGCCACUGCCCGCCCUUUUCUAACUAUUCAUCGUAAUAGUACGUGACUCGACCGACGCGUGUGGGUCUGCCGUUUACGUUUCUGGACUUUCGAUUCUCGUUCGCAUUAUUAUUGAGCAUUUUCUAGGCUUCUGUCCGAUUUCUAUUGAUAACAGGAUUAACCCUGAAUAAAAUUUAUUCUCGUGUGAUAGAGCGUUAUUCAAAUGAUCACGGCCUUGGAUUUAGCCAUCAAUACUUGGGAUUAGUAGGCUAAUAUCGAGUUUGUUCCCUGCGUUCCGUUAACUGGUCAUUUGUUUUGUGUGAUUAAUCCAUUAUAAUGUAUAGCGACCUUUCUUUUUUUUUUCCGCAAUCCAUUUUAAACUGUCAAGCGAUCAAUAAUAAUUGUGAUUAGUCAAUGUUUGAACAUCAGUUUUUCAUAUUUGGUAGUUUGACUGCAGGCUAUUAAAAUAUAAUUGUAUUUGGUGAAGGACUACACUUAUUAUGUAUUAUAAAAAAUAUCUUGGUUAGGUUAUUUAAUAAUAUAUUGUACGUCAAAGUUUACUAAACAAAUUUCAUUAUUUUUUAUAUCCAAUUGUCAAGUUAUAGACUUACAGUCAUUAGAGUAUUUUUUUUUUAAAAAGUAUUAUUCAUUUUUUUAAGUUAUUGAAAGAGCAAGUAUAUUUAUUUCCUAACAUUAUUACUUGCAUUGUUAUCAAUACUUUACCUAAUUGAAAAUAAGUAAAUUCUUUAGGAGGUGGUUAUUUUUUAAUCAAACCAUCUACCCACUUAAAAUCAUUAAAGUUAAUCUCGUGUCAUUGUGUUCAAUACUUAAAAUCUAUUACCAUUUUUCAUUUUUUAUAAGCUUGAAUCUAAUAAUAUCAAUACAUUAUAUUUUUGAUAAAUUAUAAAUAAUGACAAUAUGUCAGUACAUAGUUAACGAUAAAUAGAUACUUAGGUACUUACGUUGAUAAUUAAUAUCCAUGAAUAGAAGUUAUUUAUCAAAUAGUUACAAAUGAUAUUGUUUAAAAAUGCAUUCUCUAUAUUUUGUCUAAUUAUGGACUUAAUGUUGCAGUACUUAUCUAAAUAUGAAAUAUUUAAAAGAAAAAAAACCAUUAAAUUUACCUAGGUAUAUAACAUACUUAAUAUAUUGGUAGAUACUCAAUAUGUGCAUUAUAUUUAUUAUUUUGAACUUUUUAAAUUAUUUUUUUAUGCAUCUCUUGUUCCAUUUAUAGAACAAAAAAUAGUAUUUAUUAUAUUUAAAAUGUUUUAAUUUUCUCUCCUAAGCACAGAAAAACUGAAUGUUUAUGGUUUAUGUAAUUGAAACUUCUCAUAAAAUACCAAGAAUGAUAAUAUUAGAAUAUCAUCUAGUAUCUAUUAUAAUUUAUUUUUAUUGGAAAAAAAAAACAAUUUGCCUUAGUACAUUUGAUAACUAAAGACACAUUUUUUAAUCAAUAAUAGUUAAGGUGUGUAUCUAUUUACGUUUUAUUUUUUCAAUUACCACAAUAAUUGCUUACUACACCAAUUGGCUUUGUUGGAGUAAUACAAUGAUUUUCAUAAUUGACCAUAUUUAAAUUUUUAUUACUUAGCCCAAUCUGCAAAAUACAAUUUCACAUACACUGGCUAACUUAAUAAUUAUUUAUUAAUUAUUAUUUUAGGUAGACUAGGUACCUAUAUUAUAAAUAUUUUUUUAUCUUUAUUUUGUUAUUGAUUUGAUAUUUAAAAAAAAAAAAAGCUAUUUCAAUGUAUACCUAUUUUAAAACUAUAGGUUAUCAUUUCAUAAUAUAACAGUGUUAAUAGCAAGUUUAUUCUAACUGCUUAGGUGUAUGUAAGAAAUAAAUACCUCCUUAAAUAAUAUUCAUUGUAUCAUUUUUUUAGAGAAAAAAGCCUUAUAGGUAAAUAAACAUACCUAACAAUAACUAUUAUUUAUUAUUAUUAAACAAAACUAUUAAAUUCACUAAAUUUUAAAUGUUAUUAAUGUACUACACAUAUGCUGAGAAAUAUGCUUAGUACAUACCUAUUGGCUUAUAAACUUGUUCAUUUUCAUUACAUAAUUGAUAAAAAUAUAAUAUUAUACCUUGGUAAUAAAUUCCAUACUUUCCUAAUAUUUAAAUUUAUAUUUUUGUCUAUAUUAUAAUAGCAAUGAACAUUUGUGGGUAAUAUUUAUAGUUCUUUUUAUAUAAUAAUGAAUCUAACUUGUAUUAUAUUUUGAAAUAGUAUUUUCAAAAACCAAAUAAAUGAAAAUAAUUGUUUUAGUGGGUCAUAAAAAGGUUUUUUUUAUUUUAUUAAAGAAUAUAUUAAUUACACUAUUUUAAAUUAAAAAUAUAUAAUGUAUCUAAACAGUAUCUAAAUACUUAUAAAGUAUAUCCGCAUCAGUUCAAUUUCUGUUUUAGUAUUAAAUCAAUUAAGUACUAAAAUAUUUUAGAUUUUGAUUAGAGUAAGGAAUAUAUUUGUUGCUGUAAUCUGUGAUUUUUUUUAUGGCCAUAAACAAUUUCUCUACCAAACAUUUUGCUCCAAUCAAGACGUGACGAGAACUUUUUUUUUUGAUUUUCUCAACAUUUUUCAUAGAAUUGGUUAAAAUGUAAAACAAAAACUGACAAAUUUACAGCAAAUUAAACAUUUUGAGAUCAAUUCAAAUUUAAACAAUGAGUAUGGGUAGAUAAGAAAAAUUCAAGGCAAAAAUAUAAAUAUUAUUAUCUCUUUGAUUAAUAAUUAUAGUUUAAAGCAAAAUUAUAAUAACCUUUACAAGUCAUUAUUAUAAAGUUUGAUAUGAUUAAAAUACUUACGUAUUAUUUCUAUUUUAAUAUAAAGGUUGCAAUUAUUUUGUAAAAUAAAUAAUUGUACCAAAAUGUAUGCAAUACUUGAUACACGUACCCUUAUGUAGAUAUAAAAACUAUUGGUGUAUAAUUGUUUAUGUCCAUAUUUCUUAAUUCAUCUGUGACAGCAGUGAUGUCCCUUAUUAAGUACAAAUUAAUGGCAUACUCACCUUGUUUCCGAAUCUGUUGAUGAUAUAUGAUGAAUAAGAUGUGGUUGUUAUCUUAUUAAUUUUAUGGUGGUAUAGCAUUUAAUAUUAUAUUUGUUUUUCUAACUAUUUUCAUUUUAUGUAAUAUUCGAGUCUCUUUUAUUAUAUUAAAUUUGAUUAUUUGAUUAUUGUUGUUAUGCAGUGCUUGCUUGAAUUAACAUGUCUAGAAUCUAGAAUAUAAUGUUUUACAGUAUUUCUAUUUAAUAGCUAGAUUAAUAGAGUUUUUUGUUUUAGUGAUAGUCUUUAGUUAUAAUCAUUUAACACUUUAAAUAUCAAGUCACAAGAAAUAAUUUAUUACAUUCUUAAAAUCAUUAUUGCAAUUUGAUGUAUGUAUCAAAAUUAUGUUAACAAUACCACUGUAAAAAUGAGUUAACACAGUUCAAAAUUUAAUAGAUACCUUUUUUAUUCUAUUAAUUUUAUUUGUGCACCAUUUUUGCUCUUAUUACUUUUUAGCAUAGUGUAUAUAAAUAAAAAUUAGGUAAAAUAAAAUUUACCUUAAUAAUAUACCUACUUUUAACAUAUAUGUAUAUAUAUAAAUGUAUAUAUUGUACUGACAAUGUUAAAUACCUUCCAAAUUACAAUAGUCCAUUGAUUAAUAGGUUAACUUAAUAGUUAACAUAUUCUUAUUGAACAUAGGUAGUUCAAUCAAUGGAGCUAAAUUAUAUAGGUGUCAUCUCAAGGCAAAUUUGUUUAGUAUUUCUUUUCUUAAAUUCCUUUGAAUAUGUUUAGUAUUAUCUCUACUAUAAUACUUAUUUAAAUAACACAUUUUAUACUACAAAAGUGUAUAAAAUCAAUUUUUUAAUUUAUAUUAGGUAAUGAAUAUUGUCAAUUUUUUAUGUUUGAUUUCUAAACAAUGAAUGUUUUGUAUUCUAAUGAUAUAGUAAUACAUAUGCAGACAGUUGAUUUAUAUUUAAAUAUUAGUUAAUGAACAAAAAAUAAGAUCACAUAUAUAUUAUAAUUUGCUGUAUGCGUAUAUGUAUAGAAAUAUGAAUGUAAGUAAAAGCAUUUAGAUUCUGAGCAGAGUGAGGAAUAUAUUUGUUUUGCUAUGAUUUGUAUGUAUUUAUUUGUUUUGUCUGUGAACAACUUUCUACACAAAAUUAUUCUUCAAUCGAAAAAUAACAAGUGCUUUUUUAGGAUUUUAAAUCUAAUUUGAGCAUUAGAGAUGUUUUUUUUUUAAUUAUUCAGGUAGUUUUCAUCAAAUAAUAUGUAUCCUACCUCCCCAACUUCCCACCUGCAAUAGUGUUAUAAUAAUUUAUCUAUCAGCAAUAAUCAGUUCUCUUUUAGUAUUGGAUUUUCAUAUAUAUUUGUGUGUACUGUAAAAUAUAUAUAUGUAUAAAUAAAUGCGCAUACAUAAAAUAAUGUAUGUUUAGCAUAAUGUUUGCUAAACAUAGUUUUAUAUUUAUGGUGGCUGUAUUUUUAUUCACCCCUUAUAAAAAUAGCCACUUUUACUUUUGAAUAAAAACAAAGAUUUGAAUACUAUCCAAGAGCAAUUAUUAUAAAUAGCAUUAACCAGAAACUUCAUACGUCACCUUAAAUAACAUUAAUGUAUUUAACAUAUAAAUUGUGUGAAUACUUUUUUAAAUUGAGAUUUUUAAAUAUAAUUUAGGCAAAAGAAAUUUUGACCAAAGAGUCCAAUGUACAAGAAGUAAAAUGUCCGGUAACAGUAUGUGGAGAUGUGCAUGGACAGUUCCACGAUCUAAUGGAACUGUUUCGGAUAGGCGGAAAAUCUCCAGACACAAAUUACCUGUUCAUGGGAGAUUAUGUUGAUCGUGGUUAUUAUUCAGUCGAAACUGUUACAUUAUUGGUUGCAUUAAAGGUAAGCUAAAAUAGUACUUAAUACGAUUUUGUUUUUAAAUCAAAAUAUUGUAAAAAUUAUGAAAUAUUGUCAAGGUACGAUACCGUGAAAGAAUAACAAUUCUUCGAGGUAAUCAUGAGAGCCGACAGAUCACACAAGUAUAUGGCUUCUAUGACGAAUGCUUGCGAAAGUAUGGCAAUGCUAAUGUAUGGAAGUUUUUCACUGACCUGUUUGAUUAUCUCCCAUUGACUGCACUUGUUGAUGAACAGAUAUUCUGUCUUCAUGGAGGACUGUCUCCAUCCAUUGACACAUUAGAUCAUAUUAGAGCAUUAGAUCGUAUGCAAGAAGUCCCUCAUGAAGUAAUAUUUUAUUUAUUGAUUAUUGAAUUAUUUAAAUUUUUUUAUGAAAUUAUUUUAAUGAUUCAUAUUUAAUGUGUAGGGUCCUAUGUGUGAUCUAUUAUGGUCAGACCCCGAUGAUCGAAUUGGUUGGGGUAUAUCACCUAGAGGGGCCGGUUAUACUUUCGGCCAAGAUAUUUCAGAAACAUUCAAUCACUCGAAUGGUCUGACACUUGUUUCCAGAGCUCAUCAACUUGUAAUGGAAGGUUAUAAUUGGUGAGUAUUAGUAGUGACAUGAUUUUUGUUUAGUUAUUAUUUAAAUAUUAUAUUUUUUUUUCAGGUGUCAUGAUCGUAAUGUAGUGACUAUAUUUUCGGCCCCCAAUUAUUGUUAUCGGUGUGGUAACCAAGCGGCUAUUAUGGAAUUAGAUGAUGGCUUAAAAUACUCAUUGUGAGUAUAGUAGUAAUAUUUUAAUAAUUGUAAUGCAAAUUUGUCAUAUAUAUAUAUAUAAAUGUUCAUACGUCAUACUCUGUAUUCAGUUUGCAAUUUGAUCCAGCACCAAGACGCGGCGAACCACAUGUCACCCGUAGGACACCAGAUUAUUUCUUAUAAGCUAACAACACCAUCCGUGUCUGGUAUCAACCCACUUUACGGUAUGAUUAAUUAAUAAUACAUAUUUAUAUAAUUAUACAUAAGAAUAUAAAUAUAUAUUAUAUAUAUUUAUAUAUCGCCAAGUCUUAUCUAAGUAAUUCAAUUUUAAUGAUAAUGUAAGAAAAUUAAUUAAGAACAAAAGUUGUACUGUAUUUUUGUUCUUUUUUUUUUACGCUGCAUUUUAUUAUUUUUAUUUAUACUUUCAAUUAAAUGGACAGGAUUAAUAAAUAUCUAAAGAUAAAAUCAAAAAUUAUUUCAGUAAUAUAUUAUACAAUUGUUUUUUUUUUUUUUUUUUUCAAUGCUAUAUAUGGCAGUUUUUGAUAUUGUAGGAGGACAAAAUUUUACAUCUGUAUUCCUAACAAAUUAUUUUAUAGAAUAUUAUAAAUAUUUACAAUUUAAUCUAACGUCAAAAAAAAAAAAAAAAUAUAUAUAUAUAUAAAUGUACUUUUUAACACAAUUGUAACCAUUUUUCCUGUUUAUAAGUUUAGAAAACAAAAAAUAAUAAUCAUAGGUAAAAACUUCAAUUUUAAAAUAUUUGUAUUUUAAAUUUGAUAGUAUUUUAUAUGUAUUUUACACAUAGAUAAGAGAUCAUGUUGUAAAAGUUUUAAAUAUUAUAACAAAAUGUGUAAGUAUAGUUUAUGGAAAAUGUGAGUUGUAUAGUAUGCCUGUUCUUUUUUUCUCUAAUCUUUGUGAGCAAUCGAUUCGGAUUUAACACUCGGGUAUAAUUUGUCAGUAUAGUUCUUAUUUUAAUCAAACCAUUUCUGUUUUUUUUUUAUUUUAUUAAUUUAUUUUUAUUAUAAUUAUUAAAGUUAUUUAUUUAAAUUGUUAUAACCAUUGCUAAAUCCGAAAUUGGUUAGCAUUUAAACAACUUAUAAUAGGUUAUCAGUAUUUUUAAUUUCCAUAUAUAAUUGUCCCUAUCAUAAUUAUAAAUUUACAUGGCCGCCAGGUCUUCUACAAUUUGUAUAUUUCCAAAUUCAUAAAUUAUAGUAUACAAUUUUAUCCAGGUGACUUUUUACCUUGUUUCGGACAGAAUGUUUAUUGUGUCUAAAAUUACAGAACCAAAAUAUAUCCAACGCCUCAAAAUUGAUUCCAGAUAACCUUUUGAAAACAUAUUAUUUAUGAAUAGAAAGAUAUAAAAUGUUUACUAAAAGUAUGUAAAUUCUGGCAUAUAGAGAAUUAUACAAUAUUUUUUAUAUAAUAUGUAUUCUUAUAUUUGUAAUUUAAAUUACAAACUAUUUUUCACUUUUUAUCCUAAUUAAAAGCUGUAUAAAAAAGGAUUUUAAGUAAAGUCAUGAUUAUAUAGUUUGUAUUUUAAUUUUAUUUUGAAGGCUGAUGAAAUUGUAGGUUUUGCUAUCAGAUGCCACGUGUUAAAAUUAAUUUGUAUAAAUUCUGAAUAAAUGACAGUUUAGAAUUAUUAUACAUUGCAACUUUCCUCCAAUAUAAUUUGAGGAAUGAUAAAUUUAAAAUCACAACAUUUUUGAUCAUUGGUAAUUGGUAUGUAUACCUUAAACAAUUUUUAUUUAAAUAAAAUAUCUUAUCAUAUAUAUUUUAGAAUUUGUUUUAUUUUUACAACAAUUUGUUAGUCAACAUUAAUAUCUACCAUCAUUGAUUUUAUAACAGUCUAUUAUACUUUCUUAUUGACCAUGUUUUUGUGGUAAGUAAAUAUAAAUUAUUAUAUUUUAAAUUUAGGUGCCUAUUUAUUUGAUUUUUGUGUAAAUGCUAUAAAAAUAAAAAUGAUGGACUUGACUUCAUUAUUAUUUUAAUAAAUACUUACAUCCCAUUGUCUUUUUUUAAUAUAUUAAUCUCUGACUAAACAAUAUAUAUAUAUGAUAAAUGUAUGUAUAUAUUUUAUGUACCCUAGUAAUACAUAUACAAUAUUCUAUCAUGUUUUUAAAAUAGUGUAUAAUAUUAAAUUGUAAAUAUAAAAUAUUAUUUUAUCGAUAAAUUCAUAUACAUUAUAAUUUAUGUAUAAAAUGUUUUUAGUAUUUAAAAUAUACCACUUGUAGUAAUUUGCAACCAUUGGUAUAACCAUAAUAUAACUUAUAUUAGUGGAACACAAUUUCACAAAGGAAUUUUUUUAUAUUUAGAGGACCUGAUAUUUCAGUUCUACUGAUGGCAACUUACUGAAUUUAUGUUGCUUACAACAGCAGUUCCCAACCUUUAUAUCCGUGUACCACUUACACAUUUUGAUAAUUUGCACAUACUUCUUCACGUAAUAAGUAUGAAUGCACAAAAAUAAAAUGAAAAGUGUACAUUUAUUAUUUGUAUUAUUAUCAAUCGAUUAAUGAACUAUUUAAUUAUUAAUAACUAAUACAUUUUUUUUUUAUUUAUUAAAAAAUGUUUGCGUUACACCUACAAGCUUUCCGCGCACCACAGGUUGGGAACUGUUAACAAUAUAAAUUGUGGUGGUUUAGGUUUGAAAUAACAAUAUUUGAAUAGGAUUAUAUUUUUGAGGGCUGAGCAUAGCCUUUUUUUUUAAUAAAUAAAGGUUACAGUUAUGCUAGUUUUGCAUUUUUAAAAAGCUGUAACUUAUAUUACAAUUUUUAUUAACAAAUAAAUUAUGGGGCAACCCUUGAAAAUAUUUUUUAAAUUUUGAUAUGUGGGCCUUAUAAAAUGUAACUUGUAACUCAACAAACACAUGCCUACUUGUGGCACUGUAAAUGAUAUUGUAACAACUUUCAUCUCGGGAGAAACAUAUUUUAAUAUAGUUAUGUUUAAAAGUUAAAUUGUCUCAUAUUUAGGUCCAUCAGUUGAUAUCCAAAAUGGUGUUGCCACAGACACAUCUAAGAAGAUAUUGUACAAUUUAUUUUGAAGAUAUAAUCAAAUGUUUAUAAUUUUGUUUUUUAUAUAUAUAAGUGUGUGAAACACUAUUUAAAAUAUCAUUGUAAUUAAUAAAUAUGAAUAAAUCCC